GGCGACUGUACCGAGGUGGGGGGCUCCCACGGGAGGGAGAUUCCUGGAAGUGCGGAGGUUCGGCUUCGGAUGCGUCAGUCGUAAUCUCAUGGCGAUGCCGUCAUGUGCCCAGAACAGUUUGACGAAGGGCUGCCCUACGAGGCGGGACGGUUGGACGAUGUCAUGUCAGGUGGAGUGUACUCCUGUACUUCGGCGGGGUCUUCGGGAGGAGUCGUCCGGGUCCAGAGGGGAUGGUCUGAAGAGAGUGGUGUCGGCAGCCUAGACUACCUAGAUCUGGACAGCCUUCGCUCUUUAGAAGUACAACACAACUCCGAAUCAGACGACAGGGUCUUCGUACCUUCCGACCCCGCUGUCUGGGAGCGAGAGGACGUGGAGAACUGGCUGUCGUGGAUCACCCGUGAGCUGCGGCUGCGGCCUCCCCCGGUGGCCGACAGGUUCCCGCGGCGCGGGCGGCAGCUGCUGGAGCUGGAGCCGGGGGCGCUGGCACGGCUGGCGGGGUCGCCCCGCUCCGGGCGCCUCCUCGCCGCCCACCUCGCGCACCUCGCCGGCCGCCCCUCCUCCCCCCUCAGGACUGACUCCAUCGGUCGCACGGCAUUAGUGAGUGCACUAAUCGGGUCUUGUCCAAGAGGCAAGAUGGUCUAUUGGAUUAUUAUAGUAAGGCCUGAUAAGUGCCCUCUUACGGCGGUUUUCUUUUCUUCCCCUGUUUAUUUUUUUUUUUUAAUAAAAGCGGUAGGAGGGGAAAGAGGGCUAAGGGUGGGUGGAGGACUCAAACCUGUACUAACACCAGCACACCCUAACCUCAUAAGAUAUGAAGCGGUGUUUUAUUGGCGGUCGGAGGCGCAGGACCAAGAUGGCGGCAUAAUGAGACAGGGCGAUAUUUCCCGCGCGCGGUCGUAUAUCAUCCACCACGGGCCCGCCAAAUCCUCUCAUUGUCUUUCUUCUCCCUCCCCUCUUCUCCUCUCCUCUUCUCCUUCCCACUUGUCUUCUUAA